CUUGGGGAUUGUCUCAGAUUCUAUUGCAUAUCUAACGACAAAACGUGAACCACCUAUCGAUAUCCGGCCAACUGCCAUGCAAGAAUCGCGACCACCUGCAAAACUACAGAAACGUAAAAGUCGAGAACGACAAGAACUCGAGAGAGCGGAAAUUGAGCGUACGCAGAUGUCAGGAGGCCUGGGCAACCACACUGCAGUCUCAUCACAGCUUCAAAGACCCUCCGAUACUAUGUCCGGCGCCGAGAAAGAAAAGAAGUCAAGAUGGAGGUUGUCAGGCUACCACUCGAAGAACAAGGACAAAGACGACCACAAAGAUAAGGACACGAUCCGCAAAGAGUCUUCAACCAACACAUUCGACUCAGCGUACGCAAGUAGUGAGCCCAGCAGUAGUGCAAACCCUAGCUUCACGAGUAGACCAAUCUCUGGAGAGCAAUGGGUGCCUGCUCCAGCACCUCCUCAGGAGUUUCCGCAACAGCAAGGACCAGCUUACAAUCAAGGCCAAGCAUACCACCAAGGACCAUCGACUGAAGUGACUCCACCUACACCACCGGCGGAUCCAAGUCGGGCUCCACCUACUCAAACGGCGUACGAACACUACCCUCCGCCCCCCCGAUCUCCCGCACGAUCUCCUGCACACGCUCAGCAGAGUGGCUUCGUGCCACCCCAGCAACCUCAACAACAUGCUAGAAGCACUGAGAAUGUCACGAGAGAGACGCACACGGACAACAGAACAGGGAACAUCAUAACAACAACAACUACAACGACGACCACUACCACCACAAUCACUGGACCAGGCGGCACUACGACAACAGAGCAACCCACCGGCAGCAAUGCAACACCCAGCGUCACUAGCAUGUCUGGACCGAGUCCACCGACUCCAGCUCCCGUGUCGCCCGUAGCUCAGGCACAAGUGCCUCAACAUCACGACGUUGAGCUUCUCCCAACUCAACCGUCAGUAAACGCUCCUAUAAACCCCUCACCACCAAUACCUAAUAAGAGCAAUAUUCGACACAGGGUCGAGCUAUCUUCUGUCUCUCCUGCCAUUGAGCAUCAGAACCCCAUGAACAGACAGACAACAAACGAGCCCGUGAGCCCUGUAACGCCUGCGAGUCCAGGGCGGGCCAACUUUUCUUACCCCUCGCGAGCGCCGCCACCAGGUAUCCCGCGACAGGUGCCAGCAGGCCAGCAUGAAGAGUAUGCGCAACAGCAGCCUCAAGAGGAUCCCAGCCGACCGGUGCCGUAUCGAAUGGGACAUGCUCCACACUCACAACAACCUGGCGACCAUGUUGCACAGAAGCAGUCAACUAUGGCAAAUCUACGAGCCGCGGCCGCUGGCAUUCACGGCGCAACAGAAGCCCUACGGGGAACCUUCAACGACUCCAUCGACCGCCGUUACAUGGCGCCCGACAACGCCAUCCAUGCAAAGAACCAAGCCAUCAUCGCCGCCGGCCGUCAAGAAAUCGAAUCGCAACACUUCGCACCGCGCGAGCACCACCACAAGCCGCCCGCGGCUGAUGCACCACCCGUCCCUCCGAUCAAGACGGCAUAUGGAGGGCCGCCAGUGUCUGGCUCACAAGUCGAAUCAGGCAGUCGUGGCGCCAAGUUGAGCAGCUUCUUGAAGAAGAAAAUGGAUCUUGAUGGAACAGAGUCAGCGAGGCGUUACCAGACAGGAAAUAACGUUCAUUAGGUGCAUCACUACGCAUGGGAUGGCGUAGAAACUCUUGGUUUAUUAGUUCAUGUUGCGGUAUCGGUUGGUCCGUACAGUGUCUGACUAUACCCUGAUCGACCACCCUGGACUAGUGUGUUACAAGUCAGGUAUAUAGUCGUCUCCUCCUAGCUAGAUAGCAAUACAGCGCAGUAUUUCAUCGAUCCGAUAGUCCUACGAUAUCGUUUACCG